CCCACCACCACCCCCGCCGCCGCCGAGCACACAUUCCUCCGCAACUGGAAAGCGUGGACCGCCCACCUGCACUGCGACCGUACGGACUUCCGCUUCCUAUGGAUUGUGCAGGACGCGGGCACCCGGUGGCGCCGCAAAGUGAUCCCCGCACGUACGACGCAGAUGCGGACGGUACUACCAAGGUUCACAAGGCUCGUGGCUGACGUUAGCGAUGUGGCGCCGAGGACGGCGAAGUGCUUGGACUGGGCUGAGUGGGCUGGGGGGCUGCAGAGGGCGUAGGCUGGUUGGUUGGUUGAUUGAUUGGUUGGGGGUAGGUACAUACUUACUGUAUAGUGAAGGGGAGGGUAAAAAAAUACGCUUUGUGACCGUACCGAUACAGAAAAAAGCGUAUCGAUACGGUGAAAAUACGUAUUUUGACCGUAUUUAUACGCUAUUUGACCGUACCGAUACGCCAAAAAGCGUAUUUUUACCCCCCCCUUCACUAUACAGUAGGUAGGAAGGUGGGGUAAAGAAAGGCGUGAAGUGGGCAAAGACGUGGCGGCGGAAAUGCGAUGCGCGAUGUUUUGCUUGUUUGUCUUUCUAUCUGGGUGCGGGAAUCAGGAUGGAAUUUUUUGUGAAGAGCUUGGAUUUGCUGCUUUAUCCUUUGUGUAUUGCUGUCAUGCCAGCCGACGAUCUGGCGGGCCGCAGGCGUG